GAAUCCGAAGACUCCAGUAAGAUGCCUAUAAUCAAUGCUAUUGAGAUGUACAGUCUCGUUCCCACCCAGAAUGCAACCUUUAGGGAUGACGUUAACGCUCUUGGAGAGUUGAAAACAGAGUUAUCCCUCAACAACUGGACUUCGGAUCCUUGCUUUGGUUUACCGUGGGAAGGAAUCAUCUGUAACAUCAGCCACACCAUAAGGAUCUCCAGCAUAAACUUGUCGGGAAAGCAGCUGAAUGGAACCAUACCACCAAGUUUGGCAGAGUUAACCGAACUCGUUUCAGUGUCACUUGAUAACAACUAUUUCAAUGGACCAUUGGCCAAUUUGAGCAAUCUCUCCAAGUUAGAUAAAUUGAAUCUCCAAAAAAACAAUUUAUCUGGUGAACUUCCAGACUGGUUAUCUAAACUACCUCAUCUUAAAGAAUUGUCACUUGAUAACAACUAUUUCAAUGGACCAUUAGCCAAUUUGAGCAAUCUCUUCAAGUUAGAAAGACUGAAUCUCCAAAACAAUUCUUUAUCUGGUGAACUUCCAAAUUGGUUAUCUGGACUACCUCGUCUUAAAGAAUUAAAUAUAUCCAACAAUGAUUUCGAGGGUGUCAUUCCGCAACAACUUCUCAACAAAAAAAUUUUCAGUGGCAACAAACACCUUUGCCGGACAAAGCGUGAGUGUCGUGAUCACUUCCCCGCAGUUGGGGUCGGAGUAGCAGUUGCGGUCGGAGCAAUUAUAACUGUCACUGUAGUGGGUAUCCUCAUGUAUCGAUUCAAAUUUAAAAGUGCAUGUGCUCAACCAAGACCUUUCGAUUAUUUAAUGGUCAAUGUAGCAAACUCAUCAAAAUCUCGCGCUUUUACUCUUGAGGAAAUGAGGAUGGCGACAGAAAAUUUUACGAAUAAAAUCGGACAGGGAUCGUUUGGAACUGUAUUCUUGGGCAAGUUGCAGGAUGGGAAGCAAAUAGCUGUAAAAGUACUCUCCGUUUUCUCCAAACAUGGAAUUGAUCAAUUCUUAAAUGAGGUUGAUCUUCUGUCAAAAAUCAAUCAUAAGAAGCUGGUAUCCUUUCUUGGUUAUUGUAUAUGUAAUGAAUCCAGAGACCUCAUGCUUGUCUUCGAGUAUAUGUCUGGAGGUUCCCUCAGUGAUAACCUUUACGAUCCAGAGGCACCAAAAUAUGCCCAUCUAGAUUGGAAAACCAGGCUUAAAAUAGCUUUGGAUGCCGUACAAGGGCUGGAAUAUCUGCAUGUAGGUUGCACUCCAAAAAUUAUUCACAGGGAUAUCAAGACCUCCAACAUUCUUCUAGAUAGUAAUUUGAAUGGCAAACUGGCUGACUUCGGUCUUUCUAGAGUGACUGGAAAUGAUGAAACUUCUCAGAUCAAUACAGCUAUAAAAGGAACUCCUGGAUAUUUAGAUCCAAUGUACUACAAAACUCACAUGUUGACGGACAAGAGUGAUGUGUAUAGUUUUGGAGUCGUUUUGUUGGAGCUCACAUGUGGCAGGAAACCCAUUGACGUAAAAGUUUCUACCGAGAAAAUAUUAUUGACUGAAUGGGCUGCAUCAUAUGCGGGAGAAGAUAAAGAUGAGGCCAACAUUGAAGAAAUAGUAGACAAAAGGUUGGGUAAGCGUUACAGUAUGAAAUCUAUCAUUCAUUUGACCAAUCUGGCCUGGAGAUGUAUUGCAAGCGAGCCAUCUGGUAGACCAAGCAUUAGUGAGGUUGUGGCUGAGAUCAAGGAAGCUGUCACAUUUGAGGAAGAGUACUAUCAAGUUCCAGAUGAACUCUCACUCACAUUCACUAGCAGUUUCUCAAGUUCCCUGUAAUAAGUUUGAAAGGGAUAGUCUAUAAUAGUGUAUGCGUAA